AUGGCAACGACCGCCGCUCCCUUCCCCUUCCCACGGGAAUACUCCUUCCCGCCCUUCUUCACCCGCCAAACGAACCUCACAACGCACCACGCCCAGCUCGUGAAAUGGUCCGACCUGAUCCUCGCCUACUGCCGCCACAACCGCAUCUUCAAGCUCUCCCUCGGCACCGCCAUCCCGACCGCCCCCUCCGCCCUGCCUCACGCGCUCCCCAACACCAGCGCCACGAACACCAGCACGAUACCCACCGCGACGACCUUCGACCCCGCGACCGCCGCCUCCUCGUCCGCCGCCGGCCCCGAGGAGCUCUUCCACAACAAGACGCUGAACAAGAGGCUGUCGCUGGCGGACGCGCGCGAGGUCCUCGAGUUCAUGAGGAAGGACGGCCGGGCCGAGGCGCUGCCGGCCUCGACGGACGUGUUCUGGGUCUACUGGCGCACGCCGGACGAGUGGGCAGCGAGCAUCGAGGCGUGGAUCGACGAGACGGCGCAGAAGGGGGUCGUGUUGACGUUGUAUGAGCUCACCGAGGGCGAGGGCACGCGGGGGACCGAUAUCCACGGCUUGGACCCCGAUCUGCUGCAAAAGGCGCUGCAGGUGCUGGUCAAGCGCGGCAAGGCACAGAUCUUCGGACAAGAGGACUCGCAGGGUGUCAAGUUCUUUUGA